AUGGAGACAGAAGUAUGGAGACGUGUUCCGUAUCAGAAUGGAAGCUGGAAUACCGUUGUUCUGAAUGGAUAUGAGGCAAUCAAAGAAGCUGCUGAAAAACCGGUUGAUGCUUUCGCGGGUCGGCCGGAUUUCAUGACACAAAAACUGUUACAAGAAGUUACUGGAGAAAUUUCACUUGCUUUUGGACCUUUUGAUAAUAUAUAUUUACAACAUAGAAAGUUUGUCGCCAGUGCAUUGCGACAAUUUACUUUUCGUAAAAGUCGAUUUACAGAAGAUCUGAUAUCUGAAGAAGCUGACAAGCUUGUUGACAAUUUGCUAAAGAAAUCAGGAAAGGAGCCUGUAGAUAUUAGACAGAAUUUGCAAUAUGCUACCGGGAGUGUGAUCUAUCAAAUGUUGUACGGACGUGGUAUAGAUUUUAAAGAACAAUUGAAUAGAAUGGUUCAAAAUACAAAUAGAUUCAUCAAGUUCACAAAAAGCGGAAAUCCUGCUGACGUAUUGCCAUGGUUACGACAUCUGAUGCCUUGGAAAAUUACUGGCUUUAGAAAUAUGGCCAUUGACAGCACAGCAAUCCGAAAAGGGCGAAUUGAAGACCACGUCAGAUUAUUUUCUCCUGAUAAUGUCAGGGACAUCACCGAUGCCCUUUUGGCUGCAGACCUGCAAGGAAAGAAUAGAAAUGAAUGUGGGUUGACAAGGUACUAA